UUCCUUCAAACUUAAUUUCUACUUCUCUCGUCUCUCUCUUUCGUUUCUCAUCAUAAUUAACUGCUCCCCAACAAGUAUACGAACAUCACUUGCAUACAUAUAUAUAUAUAGAUAUAUAUAUAUACCCACUUAGUCUCUUUCAUAUAUUAAAAGAAAAAAAGAAAAAGAAAAGAAGACCCUUUAUGCAAAAUGGCAGUUGACUGCAUCACAAAAAUACCAACUAUGUCUCUUGUUACCGGUAAAGAAGAUGAACAAAGAAACGGUCAGAGACUAGUGUUUGAUGCGUCGGUGCUGCGUUACCAAUCCCACAUACCAAAACAAUUCAUCUGGCCUGACCAUGAAAAGCCUUGUGUUAAUGCGCGGGAGCUCAAAGUCCCGCUUGUUGACUUAAGCGGCCUUCUGUCUUCUCACCAUCAUGAUGAUACCUCUGACGCUGUAAUGGAAGCCGCCAGCCUCGUCUCCCAGGCCUGCAAGAACCACGGCUUCUUUCUUGUCGUCAACCAUGGAGUCGACGCCACACUCAUUGCCGAUGCUCAUAUGUACAUGGACAGCUUCUUUGAACUCCCGCUCUGUGAGAAGCAAAAGUCGCAGAGGAAACUCGGCGACCACUGUGGCUAUGCCAGUAGCUUCACCGGUAGGUUCUCCUGUCAUCUUCCAUGGAAGGAAACACUUUCCUUCCGCUAUUCAGAAGAGAAAGGCUCGUCCCAGGUCGUUGAAGAAUAUUUGUGUAACACAAUGGGAGAGGGAUUCAAGCAAUUUGGGAAGGUAUACCAGGAGUACUGUAACGCCAUGAGCAGACUCUCGCUUAGAAUUAUGGAGCUGCUAGCGAUAAGUCUUGGAGUAGGGAGAAAUCAUUUUAGAGAAUUUUUUGAAGAGAAUGAUUCGAUAAUGAGGUUGAAUUAUUAUCCGCCAUGCCAAAAACCUGACCUUACACUCGGAACAGGGCCUCACUGUGAUCCAGCUUCUUUAACAAUCCUUCACCAAGACCAAGUGGGUGGUCUUCAAGUGUUUGUAGACAAUGAAUGGCGCGCAAUUAGCCCAAAUUUCAAUGCCUUUGUCGUUAACAUUGGCGACACCUUCAUGGCUCUUUCGAACGGCAAAUACAGAAGUUGCCUGCACCAAGCGGUGGUGAACAGCCGAACGCCGAGAAAAUCACUUGCGUUCUUUCUGUGUCCGAAGAGUGACCGAGUGGUGAAGCCACCGGGAGAAUUGGUUGACGCCUGCAACCCGAGAAGAUACCCAGAUUUUACAUGGCCUAUGCUGCUUGAAUUCACGCAAAAGUACUACAGAGCCGACAUGAACACACUUGAAGCAUUUACGAAAUGGGUUCAACAGAGAAACAGCUGAGUCCACAGAACUCGUCAAGGUGUUGGGUGUGUUAGUUAAGUGUCAUUGGCAAAGAAAAGCAGAUCCCUGGGACAUGAUUUGGUGUCUGUGCCGAAAGAAAAUGACAUGGGAAAAAAAUUGGGAGAGGAAGAAAGAAUUUAGGGUUGAAAAAAGGGAAGAUAAUUAGACAAAAUCCAAAGUUUCGAGGGUGGAAAAAAUGCCAUUUUCUUUUUUCAAUGUUCAUGGGGGUCUGGUAAUUAGCUCGCUUUCUAGUGAAGGGACAACGAGCAGGACAAGAGAGAUAUAAUGAACCAAUAAAGAGUUAGGACUCAGCUAAUUUUUUCUUCUUUUCUUUUU